GCGUUUGAGACGAGGCUCCUCGAUUGGUUGCACCGCGAAUCCUAAAAUUCCGAACCCAGCCGCGGUGGCAGCGAGAGGGAGAGGUUGGGGGGCGGGUGGUGCCGAGGAGGCAAAAUCGCGAGGCGGAGUUGCCCGCCGCGUGCGUGCGAGAGAGCGGAGGCCGCGUGAUCUCGGACGGGUCGGACUCUCGGGAGAGAGCACGAUGACGCGACCGCCCAGCCCCGCCACCCUCGCCGCCCUCGCCGCCGCGUGCCUGCUGGCGGCGCUGGCCCCGCCGGCGGCGCUGGCCGUGCCGGCGGCGCUGGCCGUGCCGGCGGCGCUGGAGAAGCUGGCGCGGCGUGAGCAGUCCCUGGGGGAGCGUCCGCUGGACGGCGACGUGGCGCACGGCCUGCAGUACGACCACGAGGCCUUCCUGGGCGUGGAGGAGGCGCGCACCUUCGACCAGCUCACCCCGGACGAGAGCCGCCACCGCUUGGGGAACAUCGUGGGGCGCGUGGACAGUAACAGCGACGGCUUGGUGACGGGCACGGAGCUGCGUGCGUGGAUCGAGCACACGCACACGCGGCAUGCGGGCGAGCGGGCCGCCCAGCGCCACCGGGAGUACGACGUCAACGGGGACGGCCUCGUGUCCUGGCAGGAAUACCGCAACACCUCCUACGGCAACACCCUGGACCCGGAGGGCGAGGCGCUGUUCCACGUGCAGGAGGGCGACCUGGCCACCUACCGCCACAUGCUGCAGCGCGACGAGCGCCGGUUCCGCGUGGCCGACCGCGACGGGGACAUGACGGCCACGGUGGAGGAGCUCACGGCCUUCAUGCACCCCGAGGACUUCACGCACAUGGAGAGCGUCGUUGUCAUGGAGACCAUCGAGGACCUGGACAAGGACGGCGAUGGUGCCAUCAGCUUGGACGAGUACAUUGGUGACAUCAUGGGCCGGGGCGGGGAGACCCUGGCCCCCGGGGAGCCCGAGCCCGAGUGGGUACAGACGGAGCGCCACCAGUUCACCGACUUCCGCGACACGGACCACGACGGCAAGCUGGGCUACGACGAGGUGCGCCGCUGGGUGCUGCCCCCGCCCGACUACAACCACGCGGAGGCCGAGGCGCGCCACCUCGUCUACGAGGCCGAUGGCAACCGGGAUGGGAAGUUGACGAAGGAGGAGAUCCUGGAGGCCUGGAGCCUGUUUGUGGGCAGCCAAGCGACCAAUUACGGCGAAGACCUCAACAAACACCACGACGAACUUUAGCUGCUUCACUCACCACCGCUCCUUUGCUCUCUGACCCCACUUGCUCCAUCCGCCCAUCGCGGACGCUUCCAGCCCGAGGCAAUCGGCACGUGGCGGGCGGGGGUUGCCGCGCUUUUCUGUAGCGGAAGCAGCGACAGCAGGAGCCGCGGCAGCCUCUGAACGCGUGAAUAGUACCGUGAAAAAUCUCUCCCGUGUGAAAAACAUCCGGCUCGGCUCGUGGGUGGUUGCUUUUAAUAAAUCGGUGGCACAAAACGAGAAGAAAAUUUACAUAAUAGAUGUUUUGGCGGCGGGGGGGGUGGGUUAGAUUGCAUAAAUGUAUAAAUGUGUCGUUAAACCCUUCACUAUCCGGUACAGACAAUUAGUACAGUUUGUCACAUAAACAAAACAUGUCAAUUCGUUACUCUCUGUACUAGUAACGCAUUGACAUAUUUUGUCUACGUGACAACCCUUACUCUUAUGGAUAAUCAGUUUAACACAUAGGCGUUCGCGACC